AUCUCAAAACACAAACCAAUAAGUCCUUGAUGGGUGGCACCAAGGAGGAUGGCUCUGGCUCUAGCCGAAAAGCAAUGCGUAAGGAAAAAAGAGCAUUUUUUUUUAGAAAAUGGACAAGCGUCGAUGUAAUGAGAGCUUCAAGUGUUAUGGCCGUUCAUUUGUCGUGUGUCUUGGCUCCUUUUAACUACAAAUGGGAAGCUCUCCUGUUCGGUUUUCUUCUCGCUGCAGUGACUAACCUCAGCAUUACGUUCUCGUACCAUAGAAACUUGACUCACAAGAGCUUUAAGCUACCUAAAUGGCUUGAAUAUCCUUUUGCUUAUUCUGCACUUUUUGCCCUUCAGGGUCAUCCAAUAGAUUGGGUGAGCACACAUAGGUUCCAUCACCAGUUCACAGAUUCUGACCGUGACCCACAUAGCCCUAUCGAAGGAUUUUGGUUCAGUCAUGUCCUGUGGAUAUUCGACACAAGUUACCUCAGAGAAAAGUGUGGAGCACGUAACAACGUGAUGGACUUGAAACAGCAAUGGUUCUACAGGUUUCUACAAAAAACAGUUGGUCUCCACGUCAUGGCGUUUUGGACCCUCGUCUAUAUAUGGGGUGGUCUACCUUACCUAACUUGCGGCGUGGGUGUCGGAGGAGCAAUCGGUUACCACGGGACGUGGCUCAUAAACUCAGCAUGUCAUAUUUUGGGCUCGAGAGCUUGGAACACCAAGGACACAUCUCGUAACAUUUGGUGGCUAGCACCAGUGACGAUGGGAGAAAGCUGGCACAACAACCACCAUGCCUUUGAGGCCUCGGCUAGGCACGGACUGGAAUGGUAUCAGUUAGACAUAACUUGGUACCUUAUUCGGUUCUUUCAGGCUCUCGGCUUAGCCACCGAUGUUAAAUUGCCUUCAGAAGCUCAGAAACACAAGAUGGCUUUUUAAUCUCAGCUCUAAUCCUAGCUAUUUCAUUUUCAACCUUAUUUUCACUCAUCACACACUCACUUGUUAUUAUGUAAAACAUUUGAGAAUAAUAUAUGGUCUAAUGAAUUUGUAAAACUGGGCGAUUC